AUGUCUUACCUCGAAGACGAAGAGAUUAAGAUUCUUGAUGGCCAGAUCGAAAUGCUCAGCGAGUGCAAACCUCUUUCUGAAUCAGAAGUAAAACAACUGUGCGAGAAAGGAAAGGAAGUACUUCAGAAAGAAGAAAAUGUGCAACCUGUAAAAGCUCCAGUGACUAUCUGCGGUGAUGUGCAUGGCCAGUUCCACGACCUCACUGAGCUUUUCAAAAUUGGAGGCAAAACUCCAGAUACUAAUUACUUGUUCAUGGGAGAUUAUGUUGAUAGAGGAUACUACUCAGUAGAAACAGUCACUCUUCUUGUUGCCCUUAAGGUGAGAUAUAAGGACAGGAUUACCAUUUUGAGAGGAAAUCACGAAAGUAGGCAAAUUACACAGGUUUAUGGAUUUUACGAUGAAUGUCAAAGAAAAUAUGGUAAUGCUAAUGUAUGGAAAUAUUUCACCGAGCUGUUUGAUAUGCUCCCACUUACAGCAAUAGUUGAAGGUGAGAUCUUUUGUCUCCAUGGUGGAUUAUCCCCCAGCUUAGAGACUUUGGAUCAAAUUAGGAAUCUUGAUAGAAUCCAGGAGGUUCCUCAUGAAGGACCAAUGUGUGAUCUCCUUUGGUCAGAUCCUGAUGAAAGAACUGGAUGGGGAAUCAGUCCAAGAGGAGCAGGUUAUACUUUUGGUCAAGACAUCUCAGAGCAAUUUAAUCAAGCAAAUAGCCUGAAAACGAUCGCAAGAGCACAUCAAUUAGUAAUGAAUGGAUACAACUGGUCUCAUGAUCAGAAUGUUAUUACAGUAUUCUCAGCUCCAAACUAUUGCUACAGAUGUGGAAACGAGGCAGGUAUUAUGGAAGUAGAUGAAAACAUGAGGAAGAAUUUCUUGACUUUCGAUCCAGCUCCAAGACGUGGAGAAACACAUGUAACUAAAAGGACACCAGAUUAUUUCUUGUAA